AGCAUGAGCUGGCGGGUUACUGAGUUCCUGUACUUCCUCUUUAUAUGGGACCAUAUCACUAUCCACCCUUCCCACCAGGAGCCUGCCGUGACCAACCAACAUGUCUCCAAGGAAUUUGAUUGGCUUAUUUCAGACAGGGGGCCGUUCCACCAUUCGCGGAGCUACUUAUCCUUUGUGGAAAGACAUCGUCAGGGAUUUACAACCCGGUAUAAAAUAUACAGACAAAUCUGCAGCAGACAGCAAGGCACCAUCGAAAAGGUGAAAUCAAUUACAGGUCUCUUGAUUUUUACUUAAGGAGAGGAAGCGCUGACCAUGUAUAUGGACAAAAACCGACUUGACCGGAAGUCGGGGAAUGCCACCCAAAGUGUUGAGUCCCUUCACCAGCUUGCCUCUUCAUAUUUUGUGGACCGGGAUGGUACCAUGAGACGUCUCCAUGAAAUUCAGAUCUCCACAGGAGCAAUCAAGGUUACCGAAACGCGGACAGGUCCCCUGGGCUGCAACAGUUAUGACAAUCUGGACUCUGUGAGUUCUGUCCUUCUACAAAGCACAGAGAGCAAACUCCAUCUCCAAGGUCUCCAGGUUAUCUUCCCUCAGUAUUUGCAAGAGAAAUUUGUUCAGUCAGCACUGAGCUACAUCAUGUGCAAUGGAGAAGGCGAAUACAUUUGCCGAGACAGCCAAUGCGGAUGCCAAUGUGCCGAAGAGUUUCCCCAGUGCAAUUGUCCCAUCACUGACAUCCAGAUAAUGGAAUACACAUUGGCUAACAUGGCCAAAUCCUGGACAGAGGCCUACAAAGAUCUAGAGAAUUCAGAUGAAUUUAAGUCCUACAUGAAGAAACUACCUAACAACCAUUUCCUGACCAUUGGGAGCAUCCAUCAGCACUGGGGGAAUGACUGGGACCUUCAGAACCGCUAUAAGCUCUUGCAGAGUUCCAUGGAGGCUCAACGGCAAAAGAUCCAGCGUACUUCCCGUAAACUCUUCAGCCUCAGUAUCCGUUGUUGGCACAAUCCACACCACCAGCUGCCUAGGGAAAGGACAAUACAGCAGUGGCUCUCCCGAGUCCAAUCUUUGCUCUACUGCAAUGAAAAUGGCUUCUGGGGGACCUUUCUGGAGAGCCAACGGAGCUGCGUCUGCCAUGGGAGCACCAGUCUGUGCCAACGGCCAAUCCCAUGCAUCAUCGGUGGCAACAACAGCUGCGCAAUGUGCAGCUUGGCCAACAUCUCCCUCUGCGGCUCCUGCAACAAGGGCUACCGUCUCUCUCGGGGCCGCUGCGAGCCCCAGAACGUGGACUCCGAGCGCAGCGAGCAGUUCAUCAGCUUCGAGACCGAUUUGGACUUCCAGGAUCUGGAGUUGAAGUACCUCCUUCAAAAGAUGGAUUCCCGCUUGUAUGUCCACACGACUUUCAUCAGUAACGAGAUCCGCCUGGACACCUUCUUUGAUCCUCGGUGGCGCAGGCGCAUGUCCCUCACCUUGAAGAGCAACAAGAACCGGAUGGACUUCAUCCACAUGGUCAUCGGGAUCUCCAUGCGCAUUUGCCAGAUGCGCAACAGCAGUCUGGACCCCAUGUUCUUCGUCUACGUGAACCCUUUCAGCGGGAGCCACUCCGAAGGUUGGAAUAUGCCCUUUGGAGAGUUUGGCUACCCGCGUUGGGAGAAAAUCCGUCUGCAGAACAGCCAGUGCUACAACUGGACUCUCUUGCUGGGGAACCGGUGGAAAACGUUUUUUGAGACUGUCCACAUCUACCUACGUAGCCGGACUCGGUUGCCCUCUUUGAUGCGCAACGAGACCGGUCAAGGACCUGUGGAUCUUUCUGAUCCCAACAAGCGUCAGUUCUACAUCAAAAUUUCGGACAUUCAAGUGUUUGGAUACAGCUUGCGCUUUAAUGCCGAUCUGUUGCGUAGCGCCGUGCAGCAAGUCAACCAGUCCUACACCCAAGGUGGGCAAUUCUACUCCUCUUCCUCGGUCAUGUUGCUGAUGUUGGAUAUACGGGACCGAAUCAACAGAUUGGCACCCCCGGUAGCUCCUGGAAAACCCCAACUGGAUCUCUUCUCUUGUAUGCUCAAACACCGUCUGAAAUUGACCAAUACAGAGAUUAUCCGGGUGAACCACGCUCUGGAUCUAUACAACACCGAGAUCCUUAAACAAUCCGAUCAGAUGACUGCCAAACUCUGCUAACCCCCCCAAUUUUAUGUACUUAAUCUAUACAAACUAAUCCUUUUUGCUGUAAACAGACACACUCGGACAAAACAAAACGUAUGAAGAAAGGAAAUCAACCGACAUUUAAAAGAAACAAAAAAAAAUAAAAGAGGAAAAAAAGAUUUAAACAAAAAUACAGAGGGGAAAAUAAAUGUAAAAUGUAAUUAAUAAAUGAAAGAGUGGGAGGGAAAAGCAGAGGUCCUCAUUCACCGGGAAAUGAAAGGCAUUUGGUUUGGAUGGCCGUGUAAACGAGACGAGCGUGUUCUGUUGCUCGUGUAAUUGCACAAACACAAAGGAGGUCAAGAUGUGGGUUUCCGUGAGAUUGUUGCUCCGAAGCGGCAGAGGUGGGUGGGGACAGAUGGUCUUUGGAGAUCUCUUGUAUGUAACUGUAAAGAUUUCAGCUAUGCAGGUGCCAAAUAGAAGACGAUAAGAGUGUGGAAGAGAGAAAAAUUCUGUGUACAUGUACAAAGAAUUGCCAUUUCUCCCGGUUGGGGGUGAAUGGCC